AUGGGUCGGAUGGCGCCGGUUAGACCAAACAAUAGGAACAAUGUUGGUCCUAGUGCUGUACGCGGCGCAAAAAUUCAGAAGCAACGGAAGAAGCACAAAGUAGUCCUUGAGAGCGCAGGCAAUAAGGACGAUGACAAGCUUCGCGUGGUGCUCUCGUUUCAUGCAGAGCCACCUCCCGGCUAUACCUUCAUUCCAGCUGGAAACACACAAUUAACAGCAGCCAUGAAAGCCUUCGCUAAGAAAGGUGGUCACCAGAUCAUGGCAGUAUCGGCGACACCUCAUGCUCAACGUCACGAGCUUUCGCGAGAAGUGCACCGCAUCGGCUAUCAUGUCCCUACCGAAGUUGUGGCUCAAGUCUGCUCGCAUUACGGGAUACGUCUCGAUAGUUCAGGACGAAUAAUCGGUGAGCAAGACUCUGAGAAACUUUUCAUGAAAAUCUCGCAGAAAGGCAAGGUCGUGCUCAACGAAAACAUUCGUGACCAAGUGACCAUCAAUACUGAAGCCAAGGAAAUCAUUCGUGAUCUGUUUCCCAGGAUACCAGACAACGACCUGUAUCAGAUCAUCAAGACUGCAUUUCAGCUUGGUGAUCGAAAAGUUGGUACAGCAGAGGAAAUACCACUUGUGCGUAGAGCCCAGCUGUCUGUUGUUGCCCAUAUUCGUCAUUCCUAUACAAAUUAUGACCGACUUUUGCGCCAACUACCCUACAAUGACGCCCGUCACGCGGUUGAGAAAGCUACGUUGCAGAAGCUGGUCGAAUGGCGAGGAGAUGAGAAUGACAAAACAGAAGACAGCAGAAAAGCUGUUGACGACGCUGUACGUGAAAUUGUCGUUCUAUCUGAUGAGGAAUCCUCUGAAUCAGAGAUUGAAGAAGGUCAAGUAUUAGAGAACGAGGACGUAAAAACAGAGCCUGUCCGAAAGCCUACUCGUCCAGAGGUGACAACAGAACAUCGGCCAGUACCUCCUGACGACCCUUCGUCUGCUGAGGACGCUCCACAAGGAUUUCGCUACCUGCCUCAGACGUCCAGACGUACUAUAGUAGCACGUCAACAACCGGAUGCUAUUCAUAGACAACAACAAAGCCGCUAUGCCUUGUGGGAUCAGGUUAGACAUGAGUACCAAGCUGGCAUGUAUAAUCAGGAACCUGCCCGUGUCCUUGCUAGAAUCCCCAUUGAUGAGUCAACAUCUUAUAGACGUGAGCCCGUGAUACGUGAGGCAAUCCAUGACUCGACGGCGCCUGUUCGCUAUGUCGUUGAAGACCCUGCGCAGGUGCAAUUAAUUCGAGAACCGAGUCCGCCAACAGUCUUUCGAGGUGCAGAUGGUCGGCUCUACGAACGACUUGCUCACAGAACAGACGAGACAAGCACGCCAACGAGACGCAUAUAUACUCCUCUAACUGCGAAACCUUCACGGCUCCAAAUUCACAAUCGAAGAUCUGCCUCACCUCGUGCUCAGCGGCCACAAUUCCACCAUCGAACACCAAGCCUCAACGAUGACGGUACCAUUGUCGAGUCCAUUGAGCCUCCAGAUAGUGCACACAGAUCUCCAGCUAUAAACUCAAGGCUACAUGGUACCUAUCAUGGUCAGCGUGUUGUCAACAGGAUGGCCGUUGAGCGCAACAACCCUGUUAUUGACCUUACCAGUACUGCAGAACAGGCAGACGAACGCAUGCAUCCUUUCCAUAACCUUCCUGAACCACAUCACGAAAGACAGUACCAGGCUGAUCACAAUAUGGCGGCCAAAAUCAGGCAGCAGCCACCUCGAAACCCACAGCUUAUUGACCUUGGUCCACAGGUACCGGUUACUGCAUCUCCGACACGAUCUGGCCAAAAUCAGUAUCACGUCCUUUCUGGUCAAAGAUACGUGCCUAUUCCGCGCGAGCAAUUCUAUAACGACCCUGCUACGUCAAGAACUCCUUACACGCAACCUUCUCGUGCACAAGAAUAUGAUCGAGCUCCUGUGUAUAGUCAAGUGCCUACUCGAGGACAUGCGGUCUACGAAACCUUGGAUGAUCGAUCCCCCUAUCGAAACUCAACAAGAUAUGCCACAGGUCCGGUGCACGAUGCUCGAGUAGCACAGCAGUACUACAUCACUGGCGAACAGCUGCGUGACUACCCGUCCGGACAUGCCACCACACAGUAUACGGCCCAGGCAGGCAGGCAGCUUGUUGUGUUGGACAACGGCGAGCCGAUGGACGAUGUGCAGCAUUCUCUGGACUCCAGGCCGCCGACCUACCGUACGACAUAUGUUCAAUACUGA